CAACUAUGUGGAAGGUCUGGCGCACUUGAUGAUGGGCGACCAAGGUAAAAGUAAAGGAAAAGAAGAAUACAUUGCAACAUUCAAAGGAUCAGAGUAUUUCUGCUAUGACCUCUCACAGAAUCCUAUUCAAAGCAGCAGUGAUGAAAUAACUCUGUCCUUUAAAACUCUACAGAGGAAUGGACUAAUGCUUCACACUGGGAAAUCAGCUGAUUAUGUCAACCUUGCCCUGAAAAAUGGAGCUGUCUCCUUAGUAAUUAAUCUGGGCUCAGGGGCCUUUGAAGCACUGGUGGAACCUGUGAAUGGGAAAUUUAAUGACAAUGCCUGGCAUGAUGUGAAAGUAACCAGGAAUCUGCGUCAGCACUCAGGCAUUGGACACGCUAUGGUAAACAAACUACAUUGUUCGGUGACUAUAUCAGUGGAUGGAAUUCUGACCACGACGGGCUACACACAAGAAGACUACACCAUGUUGGGCUCCGAUGAUUUUUUCUAUGUUGGAGGCAGUCCUAGCACAGCAGACUUGCCAGGAUCACCAGUCAGUAACAACUUUAUGGGUUGUCUCAAAGAGGUUGUUUAUAAAAACAAUGAUGUAAGACUGGAAUUGUCUCGACUGGCCAAACAAGGAGAUCCUAAGAUGAAGAUUCAUGGUGUUGUGGCAUUUAAGUGUGAAAAUGUGGCAACCUUGGAUCCAAUCACUUUUGAAACACCAGAAUCCUUUAUUUCUUUGCCUAAAUGGAAUGCCAAAAAAACAGGCUCAAUAUCCUUUGACUUUCGCACCACUGAACCCAAUGGGCUGAUUCUCUUCAGCCAUGGCAAACCACGACAUCAGAAAGAUGCCAAACAUCCACAAAUGGUUAAAGUUGACUUCUUUGCCAUUGAAAUGCUUGAUGGGCACCUCUACCUGCUUUUAGACAUGGGCUCUGGAACAAUUAAAAUAAAAGCUUUGCAGAAAAAAGUGAAUGAUGGAGAGUGGUACCAUGUUGACUUUCAAAGAGAUGGACGAUCUGGUACUAUUUCUGUCAACACGAUGCGAAGUCCUUAUACUGCACCAGGAGAAAGUGAGAUCUUGGAUCUAGAUGAUGAUUUAUACCUUGGAGGUUUGCCAGAAAAUAAAGCUGGCCUUGUCUUUCCAACGGAGGUUUGGACAGCCCUUCUAAAUUAUGGCUAUGUGGGCUGUAUUCGAGACUUAUUUAUUGAUGGACAAAGUAAAGAUAUCCGUCAAAUGGCAGAAAUCCAGAGCACAUCUGGGGUGAAACCCUCCUGUUCAAGAGAAACAGCAAAGCCAUGUCUAAGCAACCCAUGCAAAAACAAUGGCAUAUGUAGAGAUGGCUGGAACAGAUAUGUCUGUGAUUGUUCUGGUACAGGUUACCUGGGCAGAUCAUGUGAACGAGAGGCAACUGUUCUAAGCUAUGAUGGAAGCAUGUUUAUGAAAAUUCAACUCCCUAUGGUGAUGCACACAGAAGCAGAAGAUGUCUCCUUACGGUUCAGGUCUCAGAGAGCAUAUGGCAUUCUGAUGGCCACGACUUCAAGAGAAUCUGCUGAUACAUUGCGUUUAGAGCUGGAUGCAGGACGAGUUAAACUAACAGUCAACCUAGACUGUAUCAGGAUUAACUGUAAUUCCAGCAAAGGUCCAGAGACUCUUUUUGCUGGAUAUAACCUCAAUGACAAUGAAUGGCACACAGUACGUGUAGUUCGAAGAGGAAAAAGUUUAAAGUUAAUAGUAGAUGACCAACAAGCCAUGACAGGUCAAAUGGCUGGGGAUCAUACAAGACUGGAAUUCCAUAAUAUAGAGACGGGAAUCAUAACAGAACGGCGUUACUUGUCCUCAGUCCCUUCCAACUUCAUUGGUCAUCUGCAAAGCCUCACUUUUAAUGGCAUGGCAUACAUUGAUUUGUGUAAAAAUGGGGACAUUGACUACUGUGAACUAAAUGCCCGCUUUGGCUUCCGGAACAUCAUUGCUGACCCAGUCACCUUUAAAACGAAAGCCAGCUAUGUAGCUCUUGCCACAUUGCAAGCAUAUACAUCUAUGCACCUGUUUUUCCAGUUCAAAACAACAUCAUUGGAUGGGUUAAUACUUUACAACAGUGGAGAUGGCAAUGACUUUAUUGUAGUUGAAUUAGUAAAAGGGUAUUUACAUUAUGUGUUUGAUUUGGGAAAUGGUGCAAAUCUUAUCAAGGGAAGUUCCAAUAAACCUCUGAAUGACAAUCAGUGGCACAAUGUAAUGAUAUCACGGGAUACCAAUAAUCUCCACACUGUAAAAAUUGACACAAAAAUCACAACACAAAGCACGGCAGGAGCAAGAAACUUGGAUCUCAAAAGUGAUCUAUAUAUUGGAGGAAUAGCAAAAGAGACUUACAAAUCCUUGCCAAAAUUGGUCCAUGCCAAAGAAGGAUUUCAAGGCUGCCUUGCCUCUGUGGACCUCAAUGGGCGUCUUCCAGAUUUGAUUUCAGAUGCUCUGUUUUGCAAUGGACAGAUAGAAAGAGGAUGUGAAGGCCCCAGCACCACAUGCCAAGAAGACUCCUGUGCCAACCAAGGUGUCUGCUUACAGCAAUGGGAUGGGUUUAGCUGUGACUGUAGCAUGACUUCUUUCAGUGGGACACUGUGCAAUGACCCGGGAACAACAUACAUAUUUAGCAAAGGUGGUGGACAGAUUACAUAUACCUGGCCUCCCAAUGAUCGGCCCAGCACCCGAGCAGAUAGACUGGCCAUAGGGUUUAGCACAGUUCAAAAAGAAGCCAUCUUGGUGCGUGUGGAUAGUUCGACUGGGCUUGGUGAUUAUUUAGAGCUGCACAUUGUAAGUAUCGUCAGCAAAAUGUAAUGCUAUUAUUUGUCU